UGAGGCGAGUGAGUUUGAGAAGGUUUGGUUGAACAGUAUCAGAGCAUAGAUUCCCUCAAGAAUUGCGUAGAAAAAGAAUUAAGUAGUAACAAUUUUGAAAGUAGAGAAGAAAAGGCAUUGGUGUGAGGCAUCGGCAGAACGCAGUGGGCAGAGUGAAUAUACAUUCGUUCUCUCAACCCUAAUUCUAACAGAACAAUAACAAUAAUGUGGCCUUGUAGUGUUGUUACUACACCUAACCCUUCUUCCUUCUUCCUAUUCCUUCCUUCCUCCUCUACCAACAACAGCAAUUACAAACCCUCUCUUUUUCAUCUUCACACCCCACGUCGUUGCUUUCGCCUCUCCCCUCAAUCUACUACUUCUCCCGAUUUCAACGGCUGGGCCCACCUCGAUACACCCGCCCGCUCCACCACCGCUCACAAACCAUUUUCUUCCUUUGCUCCUUUUGCUGCUGCUACUGCUUCCGUCGCUCUCCUUCUUGCCGCCUUCUCCCUUUCUAGUAGAAAUAAUAAUGGUUUCAAUAUUCAAUUCACAACACCGUUACAACGAAUGUGGAGUUCAAUUACCACCACUCGUGGUGAUCGAGGCAAAGCUGUGGUGGAGGAGGAGGAGUUUGAUGAAUCCACCGCCGAAGAAGCCGUUGUACAAACUGAAACUACUGAAAAGCCGGCACGAGUUACAAUCCCUGUUUCAGCUGAUUCCACCCAAGAAGAAGCAUUGUCAGUCUUAAAGAAGUUGAAGAUAGUUGAAGAUGAUGUGGAAGCUAAUGAAUUGUGUACCAGAAGACAAUUUGCUAGAUGGCUAAUUAAAUUAAAUUCGUCGUUGGAAAGAAAUCCAAAACACAGGAUUGCUCCAAUUGUAUCCCUGUCUGGCUCUGUAGAUAAUGCAUUUGAUGAUAUCAGCGUUGAUGACCCAGAUUUUCAGUCCAUUCAAGUCUUGGCAGAAGCCGGUGUGGUCCCCAGCAAAUUAUCUUGGAAGAAUAGUUCAAAUGGUUGUAGAGCUGAGUAUAAAGAAGACAUAAUUUUUUUUCCUGAUAGAUUCAUUUCACGACAAGAUUUAAUGGAAUGGAGAACUCAGUUGGAGUAUGGAUUUUUUUUUGGGAUAAUCGACCAGGUAUCAAUCAAAAAAGCAGGUUAUAUGGAUGUGAAAGAGAUAACAUCUCAGGGAGUUUAUUUGGACAUGUUGGCAGGAGAUGGUAGUAUACUCAGAAAAGUUUUUGGACAGAGUAAGCGCUUUCAGCCAAACAAACCUUCAACAAUAGCACAAGCGGCUGUGGCUCUGACAAGUGGCAGGAUGAAAGAAGCAAUAUCUGCUGAAAUGUCAAGAUUAGAAGCUGAGAAUUCUGCCAGGCAAGAUGAGACAGAAGAGAUUAGAUCUGAGCUGCUUAGCCGAGGAGACAUACAGAAGUUUUGGGAUGCAAAGAUUAGUGAAGAGAAAAGUCACGGUUCUGAUGUGGAGAGGCUUUACCUUGAGGCAGUAAACAAUUUGGUCGAAGAGAAGAUCAAUCAAGAAAAGAUAAAUGCUGAUUUUUUAAAAGAACAGGCAGCAAUGGCUUGUCAGAAGCAGAUGCUGCUUAGUUUGAAAGAAGAAGUUGAUGAGAUAUCAGAAAAGCUUGCCUUAGAGAGAGUCAUAUAUGUAGAUGAAAAACAGACUGUACAGAAGUUACUCAGAGAUUUAGAGUUCAAGCAUGAAAAAAUUCUUGACACCAAAUCCACGCUGGAAGCUGAGAAAGAAGCUCUUCAGAUGCUUAGAACUUGGGUGGAGGACGAGGCAAGAAGAAGCCAAGCUCGUGCUGCUGUUCUUGCUGAAGUAGGGCGAAGAUGGAAAUGGGAUGACCAAGCUUGAAUGUAGGCACGUCAAAUAAAUGUAAAUUGUUAUAAUUUAUUUACCGAAGGCAUAAAAUAUUUCGGCCAUCAUGCUUUUUGGUAUGGUCUUUCAAUGAGAGAAGUAAAGGAUUUGUGGCUCAGGAUGAGCCUCGACCUUGAUUUUGUAUACUAGUGAUAGAAUCGUGGGAUACACCGGAGGUAACAUUGGAAUUGUAUAAUUUUAUACAAUUGUUUGUAAUAAAAUUCUUUUGUAAUGUCAAUCGAAUACACGAUCUGAAUCCCGGCCAAA